AUGGAAAUCCAACGUCUUUUUAUUUACCCGAUUAAAUCACUUUUGCCAGUCGAAGUAACGCAUGCUGAGGUAACUCGCGAAGGCUUUCGCUUUGAUCGCCAGUAUAUUCUUAUCAAGGAACCUGAGAAUCAUGAUUCAAGUCCCUUUGCGGAACAUCUUACUAUCAAGAAAACGUUUGCUCUAGCCUUGUUUCAACCCAACAUACACGAUGACUGGUCCAACCUCACCGUGCGACAUACCAAGGCCAAGCCGGAGUCCCUUAUAACCAUCCCCCUUACGCCGUCACCUCUAUUCUGCUUUCAAUCCAGAACAUACACAGUCAACAUUGCUGGCACGAGUGCCAUAGGCAUUGACAUGGGGGAUGUUCCGGCCUCGUUCUUCAGCAAACAUUUGGGUCAGAGUAUUCGGCUCCUAUUCAUUGGGGGGAACGGUAGCCGGCCCGUCCCAGGGACAGUAGACCUCGAGCCGAGCAUGGCAAAUCCAGGACAAAGAGUACGCUUUGCCGACGCAGCUCCAUUUCUGCUAACCUCCUCGUCGUCCGAGAAUGAAGCAAGAUCGCGGCUGCCACCUAGCUGCCAAGCGGACGACAUCAUCCUUCGGCUCCGCCCAAACAUUCAUAUCGACGUGGGAAAGGAUACUCCCGCCUUCGAUGAGGACAACUGGCGACAGCUGACUGUCGCAUCAGAGGUCCACGGACCUUCCAAGGCUUUCAUCUGCUGCAUGUCCCAGACCACGCGUUGCCUCAGUCUGAAUGCGGAUCUGGAAACGGGCGGCGGGGUAAGCAGAGAACAGCAGCUUUUUGGCUUGCUCGCUCGAGACCGAAGGGUUCUGAGAUCUUCGCCCAACCUGUUUUUGGCUGCUACGCUUAUGUUACUCCCUCGUCUUGUGGGCGCUGUCGAGAUCGCCGAGUCAAAUGUGACAGGCGGAAGCCAGGCUGUCGGCGCUGCGAGAAAUACGCACAGCAGUGCCCUGGCUAUGAACGUAGACGAGUUUUCAGGGACCAAGGACCGGGCCUCCAUAGACGGUUCUCUAGGAAUGAUUCGGGCUAUCGAGAAACGAGUUCUCAGACCUCGUCAGCAACGACUCUCCCACCAGCUCCCAGAGGUGGCCUCCACGGGUGUACUUCAAGACUCAAUCUCCGACGAUGAUAGGUUCUUCGACUUGGAUCCUGCCGUUUAUUAUGAGCAGGAGGGUCAACUAUGUGGUGUUGACUUUUCGGCAUCCCAUCCUGCACCUGACAUCCCGCCAGUUACCCCUUGUGAGGUUGAAGUUCCUUCUUCAACCGACCCUGAAGAGGUUUCAACGCCUGACCUUUCCCCAGCAGAUACCCGGGAGAACACUCUUUAUGCACUGCUCGUCCGGCGCUUCGUUAAAAUAAUAAGCCCAUGGUUGGAUGUCUUUGACCCAGAUAGGUACUUUGGCUACGUAGUUCCAAUCAGAGCAAGCCGUAGCAGUUUGUUGAGAGACAGCUUAGCCGCUGUAGCUGCUAAGCAACUAGGAAAUCUUGGCUGCCACACGGAGACCCAAUGCAAUACAGACAGUUCGACAGCCCCGAAGCCCCUCGAUCCCACUGUGGCCUUGUCUGUGGAUUGGUCAUUUGAGGCUGCGAGCUUCUACGACCGAGCCAUUCGCUCUAUGAUCAAUGCUCUGCAAUCCAUUGCGAGUCCGAUUCAAAUAGAGACACGCCUCGGCAGUCCCCCAGAUAGGCGCGAAGCUAUCGACGACCUAUUGAGUGCAAUGCCAAUCCUGCUGGUUUAUGAGUUGAUGGACAAUCGUCAUUUGAGCAUGGUUCAGCACCUAGCUGGAGCUCGCCAUCUCCUCGGAUUUGUUCUACAGCAGCAUGAAGCAAGGACGCCAGGUGACGCUGCCUACGCCCCCUCGCUUGAGCAGAGCGUCCAGAAAGCUUGGAAAGCGUCGUUCUGGAAUCUCGUCUGUUUCGACUACGUUAUCUCCUAUGCAGGACGCAGUAAGCCAAGUAUCGGCUUUCCAGAUGCGCGCCUCUGGCACCAAUCAGGACUGUCGCUUACUGAAGUGGACGGGCAGUUCGUGCCCGCCUCAUUGGUUGGUGACAUUCACUCUAGCUCACCAAAGAUGACCGAAACUAUUGCUUGCAGAACAUUACUAUGGAUCAUUCUGAGGAUUAUGGACUGUGUCGUGUCGGAUGGCCAAGUAUCAGAUGGGCAACAGGCCAAUGACCAAGUGCACCAGCGUUGCAGGACUACUUGUCACCAGGGUAUGGGAACUGCGCCAUGGGAACAAGUUGACGAAUAUCUAAGGAAUUGGUACAUGGCAUUGCCGGAUACUUUCGAGCCGUGUUUAAGGGCCCCACAGCCAUUUCCAGCGCUGGCUUCAUCUAGCAUCAGAGCACCGUUGCAGGGAUUCUUCAUUGCCAACCCCAUGGGAGCGACUGCCCUCCCUCUAUAUCACUUCUCUCGCAUCUUAUUUCUUUUACACAGUCAUGUCACUGACGAGACAUUUAAUUCUCCCACUGGUUCGAGACGGAUUAAGAUUUAUCGCCAGUUCUCACGACAGGUCAAUCACCACGCUGUAGAAAUCUGCAGUGUGGCUGCUGGGCAACCUCCCCCCGCCGCCCAGAUGCAUCUUAUACAGCCAUUACACCUGGCCGGCCUAUGUCUUGACUCGCAGGAGCAACAAUCUAUUAUAAAGGGAUUACUGGUUGACUUACAGCGCCAAACGGGCUUCCCUACGGAGCGGGUGCUUAAACAACUCGAAGAAGACUGGGAUGAGGAUUAUGAUUGAUAGUCAUAGGAAUCUGUCUUCAGUCCGGCUCUCACUCGUUGUUUCACGGCCAAAUCUCGGACGAUAUGUUGAUUUCUGCUACCGAUUCCUCCAACUCUGCGGCUGCUGAGGUUACUGUUCGACUCAUUCGUUA